AUUGAUAUUGUGUCUAAUAAUGUCCAAUAAUUAAAAAAGAAAAAAAAUUGGAAAUCUUCAAAUUUUUGUUAUAAAAUACCAGGCACGGUUUCGGGCCGUAUUAUUUGAUGUUAGGAUAAAUUUAAAUAAUAUUCAUAAGUUUAAAAGUUGCGAAAAUGUCAGUUUCAUUUUUAGCGCCGGCUUUGCGUUUCUCUGUAUUUGAUCCUACGAAGUUGAAGACCAUACAUUCGGUUUUUUUUAAUGUUGUAAGACACAAAUGGAAUUUCACACACAUGGAGUUGCCUAGUCCAAAGUCAAGAAACUUCAGACGGGAAAUUGAAUGGCCCGAAAAAUACACCGUAAAACCAUUGAACAAUAAACACUUGGCGGGCCGAGACCCGAUCUCUGGUCGAGUCGUUGUCAAGGGCUUGGGUGGUGGUAUCAAACAGAAAUAUCAUUGGGUUGAUUUAAAACGUUUUGGACCAACUGGUGAACAUGAUGCUCCUCGAAUUGAUCGUGUCUUAGAAAUAAUGGACUGUGGCUGUAGAACAGCUAAAGUAGCAUUAGUUGGUUGUGGCACAAAUUUAAAAUACAUUAUUGCAACUGUUAAUAUGAAACCUGGAGACAUGUUGGUCACAUCUGGUUACAUUCCUCGCAUUCCAGUUAAUCCAAAUGAAGGAGAUGCAUAUCCACUUGGUGCAUUGUCUAAGGGAACAAAAGUUCACUGUAUUGAGAAAAUGCCAGGUGAAGGGGCUCAUUAUGUAAUGACAGCUGGAUCAACAGCCACUAUAUUAAGACAAGUUGACGACAGGGUCAUUGUUCAGUUGCCAUCAAAAUUACAAGUAUCACUCUCUAAACAUUGUAUGGCAUCGAUUGGACAAAUAUCAAAUGCAAAUCACUUUAAAGAACACAUCGGCAGUCCAAAUCGUAACCGUGAAUUGGGUAAUCGCCCUCGGUCUGGAUUGUGGCAAAGAAAAACUGGUCGUUUUGGCCGUAAAAUUAGACCACCACCACCCUUAAAAAUUAUAACUGAACUUGCUCCAAAAAAAUUAGAAAAAGUUACAUUAGAACUAAGUGCUUUGUUUUGAAAUAUAUGUACUUAGAAUAUUGAACUAUAAACUGUUAUACCAAACAUGUGUAAAAUAAAAUAAAAUAAAAUUAUAUUACAUUUUAA